AUGAGUGACAGGAGUGCACCGAGCGGAGCGAUGGAGAAGACCACCGUCACGGCGACGCGGCGACGUGCAGCCCGACGCAUGACGAUCGCAAGCAUGCAGGCAUGGCUGACGAAUGGGCGGCGGGCGGACGAGCAAGCUAGCGAGAGGCACACGCCGACCGUGAGGCGGCUGAGCAAAUGCCCAGCACGUAAACACGACCGACGAACGGAUGGCGGUCGCCGUGGCGACAUGAAGCGCGACGCGCACGCCGACCGCGAGUGCGCCAGGCGGAUGCCCGGCACACAGACAUGGCCGACGCACGCGCGCAGAGCAGGUGGGCGAGCCGGCGGACAGGCAGGCCCCGAGCGGGUACACAACCGUGCCACGACACGCACAGCGAGGGCGAGGGCGAAUGUUCAGCUUCAGCGAGCAUGCAGGGCAAAGCCCCCGCGUGAAGCGCAGCCGACAAGCGGACCACGGCGCGGGCUCAGUUAUGAACAGGGAGGGUCAGCAGACAGCGGGCGCGGACGGGAACGAGUAGGCAGGGAAGGGCGAAUGGCUGGCAGAGAUGG